AUGGUGGAAUUCUUGAUCUCAGCUUUGUUUUCAUUUCCUUUAUCUAUCAAAAUUAAGAAAAUUAUUGUUGCAUCUGCUUGCUCUCAAUUAUUAGGACCUUUUCUAUUCUUCAAAAACUUGUAUAUAUUCAAAGUGCGUUUACUUGAGGAACAUGAAAAGCGUUUUAGUUUAAAGGGUAAAAAGCCCCCUAAAACCAUGGAUCAUUUGGAAAGAGCAAAGAGAGAGGAGGCUGCUCCACUUAUUGAAGCUGCAUAUCAACAGCGCCUAGUGGAAGAGAGGAUUCUUCAUGAGCGUGAACAACAAAUGCAGGUUGAACUGAGCAAACAACGUCAUGCUGGAGAUCUCCAUGAGAAGGAGAGGCUUAGUCGAAUAAUGGGCAAUAAAGAGAUAUAUCAAGAGAAAGUUGUCAAUCAUCGCCAAGCAGAAACUGAUAGACUUAAGAGAGAAAGGGAGGAUCGCAUCUCUAGGAUUUUACAAUCCAGAAAACAGGAGAGGGAAAAGAUGAGGAAGUUGAAGUAUUUUCUUCAGGUUGAAGAAGAGAGACCACAAGAGCUCCUCCUCCAGAAGCAGAUCGUUGGGGCAACAGUAGCAGCAAGCCAGAUGGUGACAGGUGGGACCGCAACUCCUCAUUUGGUUAUGGCGGGGGUAGGUCAUCUACAACUUGGUCAUCUUCCAGGGUUUCGCGUGAUCGUCAUUGAUAUUCUGCUGGUAUUGUACUGGUUUUUCUGAUUUUUGCCUGAGUUCUAUGUACUCUCCACAGUCUGAGCUCUAGAAUUCUUUUUGAUACUCGUUCUCAUUUAUUUAUCUUCCAAUGUUUAUGAACUCCUUGGUUUUGGUGAAGAACAUGCCUACAAAAUGUUCUAUUGAUGAUCUAGUGGGAUUAGAUAUGGUAAUCAAAAUUUCAUGUCAGGCUAGUAUUGCCAACAUAUUUUUCUACUUAUUGCAGACCUGUUUUCAAUUUUGUUUUAUUGAAAAUAAAAAGGAUUUGCAGCCUA